AGUCACUCCGAGUGACCAGCUUCUGGCCCAAAGAAAUUUAGCAUCAUGCCAAGUUUUUAAUUUUGUUUGUGGUUUCUUAUGCAUUAUAAUUGUAUUUUCAAUUCUCUUCUGACAUGAUAAAUAAAUCAUAAAACCUGUACUGACACCACUCUAAGGCCUUCAAGGAAAUGGUUACUGCAUAUAACGCCGUGGGAGGACCAAACAAGGAAAUAUUUCUUACUUGACCAAAGUCUUAUGCAAACAUUGAAUGAUAGCAGGGCAUUCAUUUCCCAAACUAUCUGCCAAAACUCUGUUUUGAUUGAAUCAUGAAGGUUUACAUGUUUGUUUUAUGUCAGCUAGAUGAGUGGGAAGGGGCAGGAAAUUCCUCAGAAAGAGGGCUGAUAAGACUGGACAAGAAUGAUAAAUUGAGAGAAACUUUACAAAGUUUCGCAAUGCGGAAAGCAUUUGGAUUUGGCAAACAAGUCAACGAAUACCAAUAAAAGGCUGAAGCUCCCAGUCAGAUUGUUCAACCUAAAAGCAGAAUGGAGACUCUUCAUCACUUUCUCCUCAUCUUUGCUGGUCUCGCGGGGUCCCUCGCCCAGGAAGAUCUCCAGCAGAAGGUGUUUGUUUUCCCAGUCGAAUCAAACAGUGCUGCUGUGGUUCUGACGGCCCCGAUCUCGCAACCACUGACCGGCUUCACCAUAUGCCUGAGACACUACUCACUCUUGACCCGUGAAUACGGCCUCUUCUCUUACGCUACGAGGAAACUGGACAACCAACUCCUGGUCUUCAAGCCCAAACCGAACCAAUAUAGGCUUUAUCUUGGAGCAGUUUAUGUGACCUUCAUCCUUCCAGAAAAAAAGGACUCUAAACCCGGUUGGGAGCACAUCUGUAUGAGCUGGGAGUCUGCCACAGGAUUAGUGGCAUUGUGGUUGGAUGGGGAGCCAUUGCCCCGAAUGGGGCUGCAGAAAGGUUACUCUAUCAGUCCCGAGGCAUCUAUUGUACUUGGGCAAGAUCAAGACUCUUUCGGCGGUGGCUUUGUUGCCAGCCAAUCCUAUGUAGGAGAGAUAAAGGAUGUGUACAUGUGGAACAGGGUUCUGAAUGCUGACGAAGUGGGCCUAGUCUUGAGUGACUACGUUCUUUCUGACUCUCUGAUUAACUGGAGAGCGUUAAAUUAUGAAAUCAAGGGUUAUGUUGUCCUUCAGCCUUCUCAAACACCUUCUCCAUAUGGAGUUCAGUCAUAGUCAUAUAUGUGCCUUCUUCUUCACCAGCAAUGUUCGAAUAAUAAUAAAAAAUAGCACCUGA